AUGGAGACCCCGCUGCAAGGCGUGCUGAGUGCGUUUAACUUGUGCAUUUUCGGGGUUUCUCAGGCUGCAGCAGACUUGAAGCAAUUCUGCCUGCAGAAUGCACAACAUGAUCCCCUACUGACAGGAGUAUCAUCAAGUACAAAUCCAUUCAGACCCCAGAAAGUUUGUUCAUUUUUGUAA